GAGCACACAAGGGAGUCCUUGAAUGUGACCCGAGGGUCCUCCUGUCACUUUGAGACGGACGCUGCUCACCUCAACAGCUUCCUUUGCACAAGAAAGACUAAAGGCUUCCAACAUGUCAGAGGAACCGAGGAAAUCCAAGAUUUCUGCAUCACGCAGACUGACCUUGAAGACCAAGCUGCUAAAGGUAGCCACUGUGAUGUUGGAGAAGGAGAAGGAAACAAAGCGGCAGGAGAGAGAAACUACUUUGAGCGAGAGAGUGCCUCCGCUGCAGCUGUCCGGGCUGUCAGUGCAGGACCUUCAGGCUCUGUGCAAAGAACUGCACCAUAAAAUAGACGUGGUCGAUGAGGAGCGCUAUGACAUCAACUCCAAGGUUAACAAGAAUAAUUUAGAGCUUGAAAAUCUCUCCGCCAAGAUCAUUGAGCUAAAGGGUAAAAUGAAGCGACCCGCUCUUAAACGGGUGAAGAUUUCGGCCGACGCCAUGUUGGGAGCGCUGCUGGGUGCCAAGGUCAAGGAGUCUGUGGACUUUAAGGCCAACCUUAAGACCGUCAAGAAGGAAGAAGAGAAGAAAGAGGAAGUGACGGACUGGCGUAAGAAUGUGGAGGCCAUGUCUGGUAUGGAGGGCAGAAUGAAGCUCUUUAAUGCCAACCAGUAGGUUCAAAACAAGCGAGUUGCAAAACUAGUAAGCCCGCAGUGACGUCACUGUGUGUAGCCACCAUCGCUGAACAGUAACGUGACUUAAAUGGUGUCACGUAUUCCUUAUUGGACUUCAUGCCGAGGCGUCCAGAAUUUCCUGAGAGUAUCGUAAUGCCUGGAAACAGCAUGAUGACAUGGACACUUAAAAAAGGUUUGAUUAAGUCAUUAAACACGACUUUUGUUGUACAAAAUAGGGCAUGUAGUAAUUAUUUGACAGGAAUCAUUCAGUAAAAUGUAGAUUUUUACAGAUAAGGCUCAUCAAUGCCAACAAUAUAUCCUUGCCCUUUUUUGAGAUUUAGUAGAAUUUGAUCCAAAAAAUAAAGUCACUUCAAUCAG